AUGGAAUACGUUCAUUGGCCGUCAGGGCGACACAAGGGAACACUAAUCUGGAGCGGAAAACUGAAUCUAUUCUGGUCCAUUUACCGUGUUUCCGGACUUUGCAGUGUCUUUGGAGUACAGGUUCUCCCUCCUGGAAAUGUGGAGCUAGGCAAGCUGAUACAGAUGUUCGAAAAACCAUUGUAA